CUUCUCGCCCAGUCACUCAGGCUGGACUCAGCCCCCGUCCCCGGAGAGAGUAUUGAGUGUCCGUAACUGUUGCGGAGUUCCGCCCGGGCCUUCGCGAGCGUCAUCCGCCUGCGCCCAUGUUCCGGCCGGACCAGGGCCCCCUUUCUGGCGCGAGCCCCACCCUAGCGCCCUCGCGGUGACCGUUUUAUUUUCCGUGCGAGCCCAGAGUAGCGACGCUUGGCGCCUUGGAAGCUCGUCAGUCAUUCCUGCGAGACACGGCUUGAUUGGCGUUUAGGACAGGACGUAAAGCUGGCAAAAUGAUCUAAGGAGUUCACAGUCUCUCCACGGAGACUUCCAAGGUGGACCUCUGGAUGGAGAUGGCAGAGGAAGAUAAUAGUGGGGAAGAAUACCCAAAUGAAAUUCAUGAUUAUCUGUCAGCAUUUGAAAAGUCUCUUAGUUCUGUAGAUGACGUGCUGAAGACAAUGAUGUCUGUUUCUAGGAGUGAGCUUCUUGAAAGGUUGGACCCUCUUGAGCAAGCAAAAUUGGAUUUGGUUUCUGCAUACACGUUAAAUUCGAUGUUUUGGGUAUACCUGGCCACUCAAGGAAUCAAUCCCAAGGACCAUCCAGUGAAACAAGAGCUGGAGAGAAUAAGAACGUACAUGAACAGAGUCAAAGAAAUAACUGACAAGAAAAUGGCGUCCAAACUGGAUAAAGGAGCUGCAGCAAGAUUUGUAAGAAACGCAUUAUGGGAACCAAAACCUGAAACUAAUCCUAAAGUGAAAGCUUCUGCUAAGGCAAAAAAGAAAAAAACAAACUAGCUUUUUAUUUUCCUUGUGGUUGUAUUUUUGUUUACCAAGUAGGGAGAUAACUAGAAAAUUAUUCUUUAAAUUGUAUUUUGUAUAUAUUUUUGCAUUACGUAAAUGAUGAAGUAAAACAACAAUUCGGUGACUAUAUCUUUAGCAAAGAUCUAAACUGUAGGGUCACGUUGCACAGCUUCUGCUGAGAUCAUACCCUUAUACACGUAUAUCUGAAAGUGAAAGUUGGUCCUUGAAGAUUAGCUUUAAAGCUUGGCUCUUUAAAUGGGAACAAACUAAUCAUUUUUGCCAACUCUUUGUAGUAAUGUGCUAUUUCAUGAUUUGCUUCUAAUUCUCUAAUUAUUUUUUGGGGUAAUUCUGGCUGGUUGGAACUGUAUUUUCUUAGUUAUUGCUAAAUUCAAUCUCUGAACAUUCGGACAGUCACAGGCGAUGGACAUCUAGUCUGUGUGAAUUGUUUACGUAGGAGCCACUGGUUUUCAAGUACAUCUGUGUAUGUAAUGCUAAAUUUGUAGAGCAUACUAUCCUUUGUAUUGCUUGUAUUAAAUAUACAUGAUGCCUCUCUUUUUUUCAGUCUCUCGACUUGAAUUAAAUACUGUUCAUGG